AUGCAUAAAUCAACACCACCAAAACCUAAGAUUCUUGUUUGGACUGAUAUUUCUCAUGAUCAAAUGAUUAAAUUAGAAGAAUUACAUGAUUCUGAAAGUAUACAUGAAUUUUUUAUAAAAAUUUUUGGAUUUGAACGAAAUACUAAACGUACAAAAAUACUAUGUGAUUUAUUUUAUUAUGCUUUAAAUUUUGCUCGUACAAAUACGUUUAAUCAUGAACAAACGUCAGCAUUUUUAAGUAUUCUUAAACAAGUUCAUGAUAUGUCUGUCCAUACACCAUAUGCAAAUAUGGAAGAAACUUAUCAAUAUUUCAAAGCACUUAUUCUAAAACAUUCAUUAUUUAGACCACCACACCAUUUACGUAUAUUUACACCAAAUUUAACGAAAAAAAUAACUGAUUAUAUUAUUGAUACAUAUUUUCGUCAUAUUAAAAUGUAUAAAUAUAUAUUUACUCCAUAUAUUGAUUUUCAUUUAAAUUUUACUUACGAAGGGAUAAAACAGCAAAUAUCGAAGACAGAAGGCGGAGAAGAACAACAUGAAACAGAAAAUAUUGAUACUAAUAAUGAACAAAAAAAUGAAGAACCUUCUGAUUUAGUUGAAGUUCGUAAAUUAAUUCAAACAUACAUGAAAGAAGAACUCCGGAAAAUUGAAAAUCCUACUGAAGGACGAGAACUUCAAACACCAACUGAUAAGCAUCGACGAAUUAGAUCUGGUAGUUCAAAAUCUUCUUCAAAAUCACGAACACCGAAAUAA